CACAUACCCAAUAAACCUCAACAUAAUUAAGGCAAUGACGUACCCAGGUCUCCCAGCUGUUUUACCGUUUCUGGAUUGUUUGUCUUCGUUGAAAACGACUCCACGUACUGGCUGGUUGUAUCAUGGGAUUGAACACCCAGAAUCAAUUGCUGACCACAUGUACCGGAUGGGCGUAUUGUGUAUGCUCUGCACGGACCCAAAGAUCAACAAGGACCACUGUGUGAAGAUGGCUCUCGUGCACGACAUGGCCGAGUCUAUCGUCGGUGAUAUAACUCCCCAUGACAAUGUGACUAAGGAAGAAAAGCACCGUAUGGAAUCCGAAGCGAUGGAGAAGAUCGCUUCCCAACUCAUUCCUAAAAAUUACGCAGCAAAUGCCCAGGAAAUCCAAGCUCUGUUCCAGGAAUACGAAGCUGCAGAAACUCCAGAAGCUCUGUUUGUAAAGGACGUCGAUAAGUUUGAAAUGAUUGCUCAGAUGUUCGAGUAUGAGCGUAAAUACGCCGGAGAAAAGAAUUUGGAACAGUUCACUUGGGCCAUCAAUAUUGUCAAACAUCCCCAGGUUAGAGGAUGGGCCGAGGAGGUCCUCGCAGAACGGAAGCGUUUCUGGGAACAACUCAAGACGAAUACGCCUGCUGCUGCCUCAAACGAAAGCUCAAAAAACUGAACGAAUCGGUGACCAGUGUGCGAUUUUUAUUCACUCAGUAUCGGCGAUUAUGAAUGGCAACUAUAUAUCUUUUUUGCGAUUUUCGCAUCUUUGCGUUCUUUACACCCUUUUUCCCCUUUCUAAAAACCAAUGAUAAAAAAACAAACAAAAUUAAACAAAAAGUAUUUGAUGGGAAUUCUUGCUUUCAAUUACUGGAUGUCUGCAGUCACUGUACUUUAGUGUGUUCUAAGGCCAGGGUGUUGGUCCUAGUAUACUUUUACUCGUUUCCUUUGCUGUCGUCUUGUCCAGUUCAAACCAUUCUCCAUACGUUUGGCUACUUUCUGGCAACGAUCAUUUCAUUGUUACGUGUUCCUGUCUUUUUGAACAAUAAUAGAUAUUCAUUCUCACUGUUUUUUAUCACCAAGGAAGUCCGGAAACAGGGAAAACAAAACUUUACGAGUCCCCUAUUACCGGCUGUAUCUCGUUCUGAUUACAGCUCGUCCACCCGUUUAUCCUCACUUACUAACUAGAAGCAAUUCAUUCCUUGUUUGCU